GAGAAAUGACAUAACAAGUAAAAUAAUCAGUUUGUCGUUAUAAUACCAUUUUUGUGAAUUAAAGCUGUUUUAGAAAAACGUAUGAAAUAAAUUAGUAAGAACAGAGAACACUAAACAAUAUGGCAUUAUUCAAAGGCUGGCGGUACGCCGCCUUCAUCGGAGGUUUUGUGGGAAUGAUCGGACUGACUCUGUACCCAAUUGCAUUUAGCCCAAUGAUGGACGCUAGCGAAUAUAAAAGCAUUCAAAAGGAAGCUAGAAAGAAUAUCAAAAUUGAAGACAUUCAACCUGGUAAUAUGAAAGUGUGGAGCGAUCCCUUUGACCGUAAGAAACCUCAGAGCGAGUGAAUAUUAUGUUACCUGUGUAAAUAAGAGUAAUUAUACUAAUUAUGUUAAUUGUUGUUGUAUUAAAGUUUAGUUAAUUAAUAGAA